GGCUUUUCCUCGCCGCUGGCGGCGUCCCUUGGCUGCCACCCGGGGGAGCGCCCGGCGAGACGCCCGGAGAGCGGGAGCGGCGUCGAGGACCUUCUGAUGUUCCCUGUUGAUUCCAGCCUUUCUGUUCUCCAAGAAUGCCACUGGCAUCCAGCACCACCGAGCACAGCCCUGAAGAAAUCAUGGACUCUGUGCCUGAAGAGUUCCAGCAGGUCCUUUCUAUCAGCCAGAUCCGUGCCACCCAUGCCACCAAUGACUACGUGGAGAGACCCGCCUGCAAGCAGGCCGCUUCCAUCAUUGCUCUGUCCCAGGCCCUGCCUGUCCAUAAACUGGAGAUGACUCAGGAACGCCUGGUGUCCUCCUCCGUCUUCCAGGAACUUCACUCCGGCCAACCACACCAGACUCUACUGUCCCAACAGCCCCUGAGCCACUCCAGCACAGCCAGCUCCAUCUCCCACAGCACGGCCACCUCAGAGCAGCAGCUCCUCAGGGCCAUCACCCCCUCGCACUCUGGACACUCCCUCACCCGGACGCAACCUCGGGCAAGCGACCUGAAGGCGGAAGAGCCACUGAAGGGGAACCCAGAGAAGUCGCCCGCCCUUCACCCAGGCCACCUCUUCAUCUGUGAAGAAUGUGGCCAUUGCAAAUGUGUCCACUGCGCCACUGCCCGCACCUUGCCCUCCUGUUGGCUCUGCAACCAACGUUGCCUCUGCUCACCGGAGAACCUCAUUGACUAUGGGACUUGCCUCUGCUGCGUCAAGGGCAUCUUUUACCACUGCUCCUCAGACGAUGAGGACACCUGCGCGGAUGACCCCUGCUCUUGUGGUCCGGGCUCUUGUUGCACCCGUUGGGUAGCCAUGAGCUUCCUCUCCUUGCUCAUGCCCUGCCUAUGCUGCUAUUUUCCUACCUUCGGUUGCCUCAAACUCUGCCAGCGGGGCUACGAUGCCGUCAAACGGCCAGGCUGCCGCUGCCAGAACCACACCAAUACUGUCUGUAGGAAGGUCUCCCUGCCUAGUGGUCCCCCUCUCCCCAAAACUUUGGACAAACCAGUAUGACUCCUCUGGGGAAGGGGUAGGAAAUGGCUGUUCUCCUUGACCUCCUUUCAGCUCCCCUCUCUUGAAAGCCUCCAGCUGGGAACAGGGCAGAGACCAAACUGCUGGUUAGCUGCUGAAGUUCUCCUGGGAGGAUGGCCAUCUUUCUGGGAUGGAGGAAGCCACGGGUCACUGUGUCCAAGCUGAGCUUUUUAGGCCUCACACAUUUCGGUCAUGGCCAAGGGUGGGUGGAGGCAUGCACUAGUCAUCUUGGACAUCAGACUGGGUGUGGAAGGGGGCGGGAGGGUGGGGAGACGCAGUUUGUUAUGGAUUGGCUCAGGAGUGUAACCUCCAGAAUGCCUUAUGAGUUGACUCUUCUGUUGGGGUUCCAGAAAAGAGGUGUUGCAUCCAGACAUUAUGGCAUCCUGAGGACAAGGCCAUUAGAUAACCCAGUUUUCUUUUUCGUUGGGCUGCCGUUGCUGUCUCCCUUGCAUUGGACUCUUCCAUCUGCUGUGCACAAUUUGCUGAUGAGAAGAGGCUAGUAGCCUGAAGCAUUGAAAAUGCUUAAGGGAACAGGCACUUCUGCAUUUCUGCAAAACUGUAGCAAAGUACGGUUUCCAGAAAGGGAGGAGAAAGAUGACAGGAGUGUUUUCACUGGCUACAGUGAAGUUAAAUAGUUUUGGUUAGGUGGCAAAAGGAUGGCAGAGAAUGAUGUGGAGCAUCUUGCACAAUUAUAUUCCCUGGAGCCGAAGAUGGAUAUAGCUUGAGGGAUUCUGGACAGCCUAAUUAUCCUUGUUUGCCUUUAAGGCUAAAGUUGGCUCUUUUUAGAGACUGUAACCAACCAACUCCUUCUGAUGUCCUACCUGCAGAUGCCACUUCUGAAGCUGAGGUGCCUUUCCCUGCUCCUGGCUCCCAGCAUAGAGGUUCUAUUUUGGGGUGUUACCAAAUCAUGCCCUGCUCUACAAAUAAAAGUGACAACACUUUUAAACUUGGCAUCCAUGACCCAUUUUUUUUCCUCUUUGAAGCACUGAAUGGGCACCAGUGGAAACAUUCAAGAAAAGGAGAGCUUGUGCCCAUUUGCCUGGGCUUGAAGAGUUUCAUUUUCAAUGAAAAUGGAGCUUCUAGUUCAAGGGGGGCAGGAACAGUCCUUCAGCUGCACCAUUGAUCUGAUGCAUGUUGGUAUCUGCUCCCUGCCUGACCCAAGCACCUUGAUCCCACUUGGUUAGACACAAUUCCUGAAAGCUUUGCACUGUAUCUAGGCAAUGCUGGAUCUUUGGAUUCAGGGAGAAUCACAGCUCAGAGGUAAUAGACAUGCCUUUGCAUUCAGAGAGUCAUAGAUACAAUCCCAUGUGCCUUGAGGAAGAGUGGAGAGGGUCUACCUCAUUUCCUGGAAGUCUGCUUGUUGGAGUAGCAGAGAUACUGCAUCAACUAGGCCAAGACUGAAAGGAAUAUCUGUGUUCCUAGCUGGCAUGUCCCUGAAAUGAAGGCGCUCUUCUCAGGAUGUGCUUAAUUCAGCUAGUAACCUAGCCCAGUGUGGCAGCACGCGAUCACGAUGAAUGGGUGCAAAUCCACCAGCUUCCUACACAACAUCACUGGCAUCCUGUGAUCUCUUCCUGCAGGAAGGCUGGCAAGGAUUUAUGACCUCCCUAGCCACUUCCCCACAGCCAGGCAGUCAGCAUGAGGUGUGACUUGACUGGGUCACCGAAUUCAUGCCUGGGCAGUGGGUUCUGUGCUGCCUAUCUUGUCAAUGAGUUUUGGGAUGGAGGGCUCUGUUUUUCCAGGCACCCUUUCCCUCCAGCUGUUUUUGAUAGGGGCUAGGCAGCAUGGCCUACAGGGGGAAUGUCCAACCAGAGGGUCUGACUGAAGCGGUGUGUGACAUCACAGCCCAAGUCCCGCCCCGUUUGUACAUGUGUUGUGACAUUGCAUGCACAUCCCAAAGGGGUGGAGGUUUUGGUGUGACACUACUUUUGUCAUUUUUGGCACAAGUAGCUGAAGCUAUGAACAUCGGGACUAGGUAGACAAAGUUGUUCAAUGGUUUAGCGGUCCCCACCACUUGGCUGAUGUAAGGAAUUAGUUUAAACUUCUGCAAGACUUGGUUUAUUUGGUGUUAAACCUUACGGUUAGGUGACUGGGUCAACAACUCAUAACCCAUUGAUCCAGUUGUAGGAAUAAGGCACAAGAGUAGGGAAAUAGUGGAAAUGAGACCA